ACUGCGCGCACUCUGAGACUCCACUGGGAGUAUCUGUGGGAUGUCGUGGCUUCCACCCGUUUCUUCAUGAUUGAGUUCCCCAACCUUGACACUUGGUUUCGCCUAUGGUAUGAGAAGAACCGCACCGUGAAGAAAUCGGAUCUGUUAUAUCCCUGCUUUCAGUUCAACCACAUCGAGGCCUUCCUGUCGAUUACCAAAAGAUUGGUUUACGACCACCCUCAUAUCAAGGAGUACAAGAACGAGAACCACCCUGACUUGCACGUUCCACCUCGCAUCAUUGGUGCACUCAACGGAGCUCGUGGCCAUCUCAGAGUCGUUCUCGCUAGAUGGCUCUGGGCCCCUUUGGAGAACAUGAUGACGGCCAGUUGUGAUUGCAAGGAAAAAACUGUCUAUCUGUAUCUUAAGGCACUCGCAAAGACCGGAGGCUACCCCGUCGAUCAGCAGGGUCGCAAGUCAGUCACUGCCAUCUGUCACGAACUAGGAUCCUUUGAGAAACACUUCCAGUUGCCUCAAUCCAGCAAGAGCUGUGCAAGCUGCGCCAAGGACUGGACAGGUGUUGUUGCACAUGCUGUUGAGAGUAUCCAGGAAUAUUUCAACGGCUUAUGUCUUGACUGCAUCGACCAUACCCAGCCAAAGUUCCUGGACGAGCACGAUGACUACUGGAAUCAUCUCUCGUUCAACACAAAGUGGGACUUGAAAUGUUGCGUCUCACACGGCCAAGCCUCAUGGUACUCCUCCUUCAUGGGACGCUUUGAUACCAGAGACUCCUUGCUCAAGCGUGUCAAAAAGCGUUUCAAUAACUAG